AGAUAAAAUUAUUCAUUUACACUGUUUCAUCACAUAUGAUUAUUCUUAUUAUGCGAAUAAUUGUAUCUAAAAGCGUUUUUGUUUUGUGUUUGUUUAGUAGAUAAUAUUGUGUAUACUUAGAACUAGUCCAACCACACCAUUAGCAAUUGAGGAUGAACUUAAACAAAGUAAGAAUUUUGAGCGAGGAACAAUUAAUAAAAGCUAUAAGAGAAAAUGGGUAUGAAGGAAUUGCUAAUAUUUUAGAAAAUAAAGGACUUAACGGACACUCAUUUUUGGAGUGUAAUGAAUUACAAACUAUCAGCUGGGGGUUAUCUCGGUUUCAAAAAAAGAGUAUUUUCAAUUUCAUAAAUGAAGUGAAAUCAAAUCCAGCUAUUCUAGUGAAAUCAGAAUAUACAAUACGCCAAAUUAAACCCAAGCCUUCCCUUCCUUCUACACCCAAGCCCUCCCUUCCUUCUACACCCAAACCUACUCUUAGAUCAACACAACAGAAAAAUGUGAACCUAACCUUAAAAUCUAACUUGAUCACUAGUAAAUCAUCGGUUACUAAAAGACCACAAAAUAAUGCUGAUUUGCCGGUGUCACAAUAUAAGGUUUCUAUUAAUAAUGUUGAUAGUAACGAAGUUAAAAGAAAAAUUAGCUUAUUCUCAUCGACCCAAUCACCUAGUGCCCAAUUCAAUGAGAUUAACCCAAACUUUCAACACCCAUCACCAUCUGAACAAAAUCAACCAUUUGAACGUAUAAGAAAAACUGCAAGAUCUCAUCCAAUCGAACCUGAAGCUUCUGAAAAUAACGAAACAUCCAAAAUUAAUAAACCAUUUCUACCAGAACCAUCUUCAAAGGCAAGACCACCUUGCCCUCUGCCAACAAAGAAAUUUGAAGAAAAAUUAAUAUCAGAUGGUGGAUAUCUCACACCUACAGAUCUAGACAUUGGUAACAGUCCCACUGGAGAUGAAAACUCUCCCAAAUCAUUUUUAGGAUCAACAUUCUUACAUAAAAAUAAAUUUCGGGGAGACACGGAUCCUGAUGAUGAACCAGACGCUAUAUAUGAAUGUCCUCCAAAUGAACAGGCUUCGACAUGUUUUAAACAUCCAAUACUACCAUCAGUAGAAUCAAAUAAGUCUCCAAAUAUUAGUAAAAGACCUUUGCCCAAUUAUGGAAUAGAAGCUCAGAAAAUUAGCCCAAUUAAUGUAAAGGUUCCAGUAGAAACCGUUGAUGAUGAUGAUGAUGAUGAAGACCAGCCGAAUAUAUAUGAUCAAGUAGAGGAUCAAAAUGCCACUAAUAAUAAUCCAAGACAUAUGAACUCCCUGGCAAAUAUAAAAAACGAACAGUCAUCAAAUACUAUACAAAGGAAAUAUACCUCUGAUGUGAAUGUGGAAAGAGACAAACGUCCACUUAAUUUCCUCGGAAGCUUGGGAAAUAUCGGCAAAUAUAUAGUGGAUCGAUACAAAUCGACAAGAGAUACUUCAAACUACGAAAAUCAUACUUUUGAAACAGAACAUACAUCUCAUUCAAUGAAUAGUUAUUCUUAUAAAGAUCGUCCUCUACCGGAAAUACCAAAUACUGAAGAUUUUAAUGAAAUUAAGGAAAGUGAAAGUGUUAAAAAUGCUGAUGUUACGAGAAACUUACCUAGAGAACCAUUGCUUCAUACACAAGACAACGAUGCAGAAGAGGAGGGAGAUGAUAUGGUUUAUGAAAAUCUUAAGGAAAAAACAAGGAAACUUUGUUCAUAUGAACCUGAUCUGUAUGAAAACAACGAAACUGUACGUUGCUCUAGAGACAAAUCGCCUUUACCAAAGCACCAAUUUUUGAGAGAUUCAUUAGCUCAUAAACUUUCCAAAGCGCUUAAAAUGAGAGAUUUGACAAUGAAAGCCGAGAGUUUGUCUAAUCCUGAACCUUCUGAUGAAGAAGAGCAGUGGACAUACGACAAUAUUGAUGAAACUGAUCAGCCAGAAGCAGACGAACCUAUCGAGGAAGACACAGACGAAGAACAAGAGGAAUAUAUUGACUCAAUAUUUGACAUCAACAACGAACCGUUCUUCAGAAAUAUCGAUCGAAAGGGUGCCAAAAGACUUUUGGCGAAUUUAACAGACGGAGCUUUCUUAUUUCGUCCUAGUGAAAAGUAUUUCUUAGUGUUAACUAUCAAAUUCAACGGAAAAUUCCAUAAUUUAGGUAUUGAACGAACAGUUGAUAAUAAAAUUCGUCUUAAUGCUGAUAUGAAAAGCAUUUCACCAGAAUUUGGAACUAUGAGGGCUUUUGUUGAUUAUUUCACAAAAGAACCAGUUACCUUUAAAGAAAACAAUGGUAAUUUGGUGGAAAUUUUUUUGAAUCCCGUUCUUCCUGUAGAUAUAUUUUGAAUAUCCAAAAUUUUAUUUAUAAUGGAUAUUUGGUAUUGAAAUAAAUGUGUGCAAUUAUG